GAGAGCGGGGCCCAGAACCUCGAGACGAGCUGAGUUACAGAUCUCAGACCAGUCAUGAUUCCCAAAUCAUAGCUAAUAAUGGGAACCAAUCUGACCGUGGACCAGCCCACCCAGGCUCCCUCCUCACUAGGAGUUACGCCAAGUGGGAUUCAGACCGGAGGAAAUCGUGCUGGAGCCACAUCCACACUCCACAGCAGCCCACGGCUUGAAGAGGCACGGACAGAUUUAAGUGAAAACCUGGUAGGAGCGACACAAAGGUUUACUGAGAAAACCCACCAUAAGACGCGGCAGACAUUGAGACUCGGUGUCCGCGCAUUAGCUGUGGACAAUUUGGAACCUUUUUCUUUCUGUUCCUCCUCCUCGUAUAGCGAAAGUGCUCUCACGGAGCCACGUUUAUUCAGAGAGCUAGCGGAAUGUAUUGCUAGCGAGCUAGCUAAGGUUAGCUAGCUAAUUAGCUUGUCAGACAGACAAGAGUCGGACGUGUGGUCUUCACUAAAUUAGGUCACUUAUUUGGCGGCGUUUGACUUGAUGGAAAAAGCCGUGAUCGCUGUGCUUUAUCCAUUAUCCUGACACGGUCAUUAUGUUCCGCCUUGAGUAGUCUACGCCAGUAAGACACACAAUAAUUGCCUGAAUAGAUGAGUUACUAGAGUCACUUUCGUCUUAUUCAACCGAAUCCUUCGUUGAGGACAACGCCAAGAGGAGAAGGAAGGGGGAAAAAACGCAGCUCAACGUUUUUUUUUUCCUGAACGAAGACUCUCUGCUGUCCAAUGUUAAUGUCGACCGACGUUGCAUCUAUAAUGCUACCCGUUAGUCGGGGGAUAAUGGACCGAGAAAGAGACAUCGAUACGUCAGCGGUGCCGCAUACAAGCGCUGCCGGAGGUCCGGCGGCGGUCCGGGGGAUGAAGCGAGGAGACCCGGAGCCCGACGCUCUUGCAGCAGCAGCCCUGACUGACCUGACCGGGGCGGAGUGCAAAAGACCAAGGAUAGACGGCACUGGGAGUGUUAUUGGCGAGAUUGGACAGAACAAUGAGCCCUUAAAUCCUGGUUUCCAUGGAUACACGCCUCACAAUCAGGGGUCUCAGGAUUCAUCAGGAGCACAGGACGGUUUGGUGGCACCAGCCUUCGCAGCGUUCCCUCCUCCACCUCCUCCCCAGAAUGGGAUCGCUGGGACAGAAUUUGGCCCUGGGCCCAUGUUUGGUGCAGGGGGUCAAGGUACAGCUGAGGUAGGCCCUGGCGCUAAUGGGGACACCACCAGUCCCAUCAACAACAACAAUAUCAAGGCUGAGGACACCACCCAAGGGGAGGCAGCGGUUCAGUGUGGUACUGGAGGGACAGCAGCAGGAGGAUCUGGAGGAGACUCACCAGAGGCCAAAGGAACCCCCAAACGUCUCCAUGUUUCAAACAUCCCAUUCCGUUUCCGUGACCCAGAUCUCAGGCAGAUGUUUGGGCAAUAUGGGAAGAUUCUGGACGUAGAAAUUAUUUUCAAUGAGAGGGGCUCAAAGGGUUUUGGCUUUGUGACAUUUGAGACCAGCGCGGAUGCAGAGAAAGCCCGCGAAAAGCUCCAUGGCACAUUGGUGGAAGGUCGUAAGAUUGAGGUGAAUAACGCCACUGCCAGGGUGAUGACUAACAAGAAAAUGGUCAGCCCUUACCCUAACGGAGAGGCUCUGAGCACGCUGCCUUACGCAGGGUGGAAAUUGAGCCCAAUGGUCAGCGCUGUGUACGGACCGGAGCUCUAUGCAGUCCCAGGGUUCCCCUACCCUUCCGCGGCUGCAGCAGCCACGACAGCAGCCGCGGCGGCUGCGUUCCGUGGCGCUCACCUUCGCGGGAGGGGGCGGCCUGUCUACAGCGCGGUGCGGGCAGCCGUGCCUCAGCCUGCUAUUCCCGCGUACCCCGGACUAGUGUUUCAGGACUCAGUCCUUAGUCCCAGAUUGCCUCAGGGAGGCUAUCCUGCCGCCGCCGCCGCUGCCGCCGCCGCCGCUUACCGCUACACUCAGCCCGCGGCUGUAACCGGAGCAACUGCAGCAGCUGCCGCGUACAGUGACAGUUACGGCCGAGUUUACACGACAGAUCCAUACCACGCUUUAGCCCCUGCUGCCGCCGCCUACGGAGUGGGAGCCAUGGCCAGUUUAUACAGGGCGGGAUACAGUAGGUUUGCUCCCUACUAAAGCCACAAAUUACACCCGAGGAAUUUCUUGUCUCUCCAGAAGCCUUUUUUUAAGCUCUUUGUUUGGCAGACGCACCCUUCCAACUUUCUGCUGGUGGACUACAGUGACAACCUCCUCCUCCUUUUUUUUUUUCUUUCCCCCCUCCCCACCAUCUUUUUUUUCUAUUGGUAAGAGAGAUGGUUGCCACAUCAUCACUUCUUCUUUCCCCGUCUGUCUGACAAGGAUCUAACGAAAAAGCUCUUGGCACAAUUUCUGAACGCUAACGUUUUUAGAAACACUAUUGGAUCCGUUGGAAAGAAACUGCUCCUGCUUGAUCCUCCGCACGACACACUACAGCGUUUUCUCCAACUCCUCAUUAGAACCCACUCUCAAGUCUCUGUGCACCCAAUCCCACGGUGUCCUUCGGUGAUUGAGCUGCCACAAGAGCAGCAUCGCUCGUAAAAGCGACACUAAAACGCCAUCUUGAAGACAAGCGACGCCCCUCUGCCUUGGCACUGUGGCGCAUUCGUCAAGCUCAACCAACGCGGGAGCGUCCAACUGACAGGAAUUGCUCCUAUCCCCCAAAAAAAACACCAUCCAAAGCAUCAACUUAAAAUGCUCGAUUUUUGGUGGAAUCCCCAAAACGUUUCCAUUUCACCCCAGGGGGUACAAUGAUAUGUAAUGUCCAAAAAAAAAAAAAGUUUUU